AUGGCGCCCGGGCCCCCCACCCUCCUGGGCCUGGCGCUCUGUCUGGCCCAGAUGGCCUGCACCCAGCAGGGGACCCUGCCCAGACCCUCCAUCUCAGCUGAGCCGGGCUCCGUGGUGCCCUGGGGGCGGCCAGUGAGCAUCGUGUGCCGGGGCCCUGCCGGGGUUAUGACCUUCCGCGUGGAGAAGGACAAUAAAUACAACUACAAGGAAGUGGCUGUCACGUCCGGAGGUGAACAGGAGACGGAGGCCAGAUUCCACAUCACCGUCCUGCGUGAAGACGCCGUCGGGCGUUAUCGCUGCAUCUAUCAAACAGAGUCCGGCUGGUCUGAGUGCAGCGAGGCCCUGAGCCUGGAGGGGACCGAGGAGGCCAUCUCUGCCCUGCCCACAGGAGGCUCCAGUGAAAGCCGACCCCAACCCACAGACUCCAGCUCCCAGACAGCCCACACCCCCCAGGACCACACGCUGGAGAAUGGGGUCCGCUUGGGUGUGGCUGGCAUGGUCUUGCUGAUCCUGGUGGCGAUUCUGGCCGAAGCCGGGCAUGGCCAGGGGAGGUUCCAACGCAGACCACAGGAAUGGAGACCAAAGGGUGCCCCCCAGAGAGACUGA